AUGGCAGCACCAUUGAUAUUUGUGGUGACCGGAGCCAAUAAAGGAAUUGGUUAUGGAAUUGUGAAAGGUCUCGCUCAACAGCUGCACAAUGCUGUCAUUUACCUAACUGCAAGGAACGAAAAAUUAGGUACAGAAUCGUUACAUAAAUUAAUCGAGGAAUUGGACAAAAAUCUUCACUCUGAUAUUCGUUUUCAUCAGUUGGAUAUAACAGACCGGAAAAGUUGUGAGACAUUUGCAUCUCAUUUGAAAGAGCAGCACAAUGGUUUAGAUGUGUUGAUCAAUAAUGCUGGAAUUGCUUUCAAACAUACGGCAACUGAACCACCAGAAGAACAAGCUGCUAUCACGAUUGGUGUGAAUUACGAAGGUACCAAGCAAGUCAGCAACAUAUUAUUUCCUCUUAUUCGAAACGGUGGGAGGGUGGUGAAUGUUAGUAGUUCAGAAGGCGUUAUAGCUGGUCGGUACAGCAAUGAAAUCAUUGCAAAACUCACGAGUCCUUCGUUAACAGUUGCCGAUAUCGACAAAUUCACUCAAGAUUAUAUCAAGGCUUGUGCUCCAGAUAAGCGUGAGGAAAUGGGCUUUCCAAAAUCCGCAUACAAAGUUUCUAAGGCUGCAAUGAUAGCACUUUCCUUCAUUCAAGCAAAGGAGUUGAGGUCUCGGAAUGUAUUGGUUAACGUGUGUCAUCCUGGAUAUGUUGACACCGAUAUGACAAGUCACAUGGGUCCAUUGGCGGUUGAAGAAGGAGCCGAUACGCCAAUUUUUUUAGCAACAUUAGAAGGCAACGAGCCAACUGGCAAAUUUUUUUAUAAACGAAAAAUUAUUGACUGGAAUACCCCUUUUUAA